AAACAAAAAAGAUGGUAGGUUGAUGAACGAAAGCGCGAGGAGGGUCAGUGAGCGUGUGACAGACAACGAUAAUUCUCUCUCUCUCUCUCUCUCUCUCUGUCCCCUCUUCGUCGUCUCCGUUUUCUUUUAUCCGUUUCUUAUUUUCCAAUUUUGCCCUCUGCCUUUCCCCGUUUCUCAAUUUUGCCCUCUUCUUCUACGAUGACCUAAUUGAAGUCGUUGUUCAAGUCAGUGUUCGCUUUUCCAAUUCCCAAUUUCAAUUUCCUAGGGUUUUGGUCGAAUGGAACCUCGAGUUGGGAACAAGUUCCGUCUCGGUCGGAAGAUUGGUAGCGGAUCUUUCGGGGAGAUCUAUCUCGGAACUAAUAUUCAGACAAAUGAAGAGGUUGCGAUUAAGCUUGAAAGUGUCAAAACCAAGCAUCCUCAAUUGUUGUAUGAAUCAAAGCUGUAUAAAAUACUUCAAGGAGGAAAUGGGAUUCCAAAUGUGAAAUGGUAUGGUGUUGAAGGAGAGUACAAUGUGCUUGUGAUGGAUUUGCUUGGCCCUAGUCUUGAGGAUUUGUUCAAUUUCUGUAGUCGGAAAUUGUCUCUCAAAACUGUUCUUAUGCUUGCAGAUCAGAUGAUAAACCGAGUUGAGUAUGUUCACUCCAAAUCAUUUUUACAUCGGGACAUCAAGCCAGACAACUUCCUCAUGGGUUUAGGGAGGCGUGCAAAUCAAGUGUAUAUCAUUGACUUUGGCCUUGCUAAGAAAUAUAGAGACACCACUACACAUCAGCAUAUUCCUUACAGAGAGAACAAGAAUUUGACAGGAACUGCUAGGUAUGCUAGUAUGAAUACACAUCUUGGAAUUGAGCAAAGCCGUAGGGAUGAUUUAGAGUCACUUGGAUACGUUCUUAUGUACUUUUUAAGAGGAAGUCUUCCUUGGCAGGGAUUGAAAGCUGGUACUAAGAAGCAGAAGUAUGAGAAGAUUAGUGAGAAGAAAGUUUCUACUUCUAUUGAGUCUCUCUGCCGUGGCUAUCCCUCAGAAUUUGCUUCAUACUUCCAUUACUGUCGGUCACUGAGGUUUGAUGACAAACCAGAUUAUGCUUAUUUGAAAAGACUUUUACGUGACCUUUUCAUUCGUGAAGGAUUCCAGUUUGAUUAUGUCUUUGAUUGGACCAUUUUGAAAUAUCAGCAAUCUCAAAGUGCCACUGCCCCUGCUCGUGCUAUUGGUUCUUCUGCCGGACCAAGUGCAGUUAUGCCACCACUGGCUGCAAUUACUGAUGCACAGUUAGGUGGAGACGCUGCUAGGUAUAUUAAUUGGUCUACAUCAGAUCCUACUCGUAGGAGAAACUCUGGACCUAUUGCUAAUGAUGGAAUCUUAUCUAGACAAAAAGCCCCAGUUGCAUAUGACUCAACUGGAUCUAAAGAUGCUAUGUUGUCAGGUUCUAAUUUCUUCCGGUCAAGUGGAUCUGCAAGGCGAGGUGCUGUUGCAGGCAGCCGUGAUGUAGUUGCCAGCAGUGAGACCGAGUCCUCUCGUCCCGUGACUCUGGAUUCAAGUCAGGGAACACUUCGUAAAAUCUCUGGUCCUCAGAGAAAUUCAGCUAUCGUCUCAUCUGAGCACAACCGAACAUCCUCGGGCAGAAACGCAUCGAACACAAAGAAUUUGGAGACAACUCUUAGGGGUAUUGAGAGCCUGCAUUUCAAUGAGGAGAGGGUACAAUAUUAGCAGCUACACUCUCGAUGGCCUUGCUUUCUUCUUUGUAAAUUCUAAAAGGCUUAUACUCUUUUUGACGAACUAAGGAGUGGAAUGUUGCCUAUGCAUUGUGUUGAAGAAAAGCUGCGAACUAGCUGGGAAUUAUCCCUCCUAAGUAUACAAUAAAGAUAUGUCUAGGCAGCUUCCCAACCAACUAAACUAGCCUUGUAAAAGGUUUCUGUUCAUACAGUUUGUGUUAUACUGACAAUUACAAACGUUUUACUUCACCUUUACCAUCGUUUUCUGUUUGAUUUGAUUGAUAUUAAGUCAUGUUUCUUGCUUUUUUUA